AUCUUCCUUUGACGGACCACAGAACAUUUUAACAGAGUCAAACAUUUCACCAAAUUACGCACACAAUUCAAUACACACACAUUCUCACGCCGAUCACCGGAAUAUUCUUCUGGUGGCCGGAGAUUCUCGCAAUUGAUCUCAAUUUAAACACCACAAUAAAAUCCUCACAUCAAUGGACUCGCCGGAACCCGACCGGAAGAAGCCUCACGUCUCCGGCCUCCUCCGUUGCUCCUGUGCCCUAAUUUUCACUCUCGCCUUGUUUAUAUCAGCUUCAUCGAUGGUAGUUUUGUUCUCGAUACUCAUCGGAAACUUCUCGAUUUCCGAUCCUAUUUCUGUUCCCUCUCAGUGCAAAAUUAUAUCUAGCAGAGUGGAUCUUAGGUCGUCUAAGAUCUGUGAACUUGGAUUUCUGAAUUACAAAGCCAAAAAUGUGUUUUAUCCAUCUGAGAGAAAGAAAUUCCGGUGUCGUUAUGAUUAUUACUGGGCAUCUAUUUUUGAGGUAGAAUACAUAGAUCUUUCAGGUCAAGUAAAACUUGCAUCGGCAGAAGCUCCUAAUGAGGCCCUUCCACAUGACUGCAGGCCCAAUUUUGGUGUUGCCUGGUUAUCCAAAGAUGAGUUCAAGGUGAAUGAAACAUAUGACUGUUGGUAUACAUUGGGCAUCUCUAAGGUUAACCUAUAUCAUGACGGGUUAUUUAAUUGCCAUGCAAGCGAUCCAUCUACGCUUGAGAUGGUCAGGCGGUACUUCUUCCUGUCCUCAAAGAUGUUAAUAUCCUGGCUGGCUGGCUUGGCAAGAGUAAAGCGUUGGAGAUGGGACGUAAUCAUUGGAGUAUUUACCGGCUUUUCAACCUCACUAAUUUCCAUCAGUCUGGCUAGACUUCUACACCAUGCACUUUCUCCCAUUCGUAGGAUCUCUGCAGCAUGGGCACUACCUAUGGCUGCCCGUGUAAAGAAAACUUGUUUUCUUGUAGCUUACUUCUCUUUCGCGGCCUGGCUAGUCAUUCAAUAUGGGAAAAGGAUCGGCCUCCCUGGAAUUGAAGAGCUCAUUAGUGGAAGGUAGCAUUCGUUUUAUGCAAGUGCUUGCUUCCCAUGAGAUACAGUGUUCCUAUAUUCUAAAAUCUGUGAUGUGAAAUGAUUGUAAGUUGUAACAUACUUGUAGUAAUAGCUUGUAAAAAAGCGACUCGAUGCACUGUAUCACAGAGGAUCCGGGUGAUAAAAUACAUUGGGCCGGCGCAUGUACAUUGUAUAAUAUAGAGCUGCUGAAAUACGCAGAUGUAGUGAAAAGUUACAUGAAAAGAAGGCAAGUGAAUAAGUUUUGAGA